GCCUUGUUUUUCUUAGCCCCUUUAUUCCAUCCCCCUUGGAUUACAGAACUGGCAUGUCAAUCGUGAAUGGGGAAGCGGAAAAGCUGAAUGCUAAUGAGCAAUUGGAUGCGGAGGAAUUCAAUGUCCAAGGAUUGCUCAAAGAACUCGAGAAAGCCGAGGACGUAGUUGCGGGAGUCGAUCGUCGACUGGAUGACUUACUCUCCAACAUUGAUGGGCUUCUGCAUCACCUCAGUGCAACAAGUCAGGAGACAAGUUCGAAACCGGAUUCAUCCUGAUGCUCGUCGAUCGACGUCGAGCUUUUACACGUGUAAUUUCCAUAAAAGAACAUUGCGAGUCGCAUGCGCGUCCAAGAGCGACGACGACUGCGAGUCUUGGUCCUCCACUGUAGCAGUCACAUCAUAAUUACGUGUGCAAAGAUUGAAUAUAUUGGACCCAAAUCGGGUCAUUUCAGUGGGGUCUUUUAUUUUUUAUUUCUGGGGCAACGGGGUGCACUUAGAGUCGGGAUUGGUC